GUACUAUAUUCUUACAAAGCAAAAAUAUUAACAUGGUUAAAUGUACACGUAUGCGAUCUGAUGCAGUUCCAUUAUCAUCAGAAGAUUAUAAAUUUAUUAUGCAAUAUCGUGAUGCAAAACCAAAAACUAAGGUUUUAAAGGAAUUAAGAAAAAAAUACCCUAUGACGUAUGACCGUUUUUAUAGAAUUUGGAGAGGGCAAGAAGUUGGUAUGGUAGAAUGGUAUCAGCUUGUAUCAGAUCCAGUAGCACCUCAAAAUCAGGAUUUAUCUAUACCUGAAUCGUACUUACCAGAUAUUAACCAAGCUAGUAUGGUUGAAAAUUCUAAUGGUCAGACUUCAGUAUUUGAAACGUAUCAAAUUAACAAAGAUAUUUUAUGUGUCAGAGACACCGCACCCUUAGGAGGAAAAGAUGACAUGUAUACUAUAAUCGAGCGUGAAGCCAGAGAAGCAGAAGAAGCCGAAUGCGA